AGAGGCGGAAAUGAGCUUCCAUGCACUGUCCCCAGCACUGUGGAUCUACUGUGUAGGUGUACGGUGGGACAGAGUGGUAACAGUCCACUGUGAAGUUUCGGACUGAUGCUGGGUGAUGGAUUCACUCGGCGGGGCGGUGAGAGAUUCCAAGCCGCUGGAAUGAUGCGCUCCUCGGCCUAUAGGCAGCGAUUUUCCCGGCUAUGUGAUCCCUGUGGAGGGAGGAGCUAAGUCUGGGAGGGGGGUAACGUUACAUUUCCGCAUGUCAAUAAAAACAAAGUAUCCGAAGUGAAGCGGAACCAGUGGAUAGUUAAUGUAUAAAUGCACCCAGGUGCUUUACUGCGUCCACUUUUACAUGUAGCCAAAGUAAACAUGCAAAGACUUUCGGUCACAUGAUGUCAAGGCUGAGCAGACACCAGCUGCAAGGUGCCGCUUCUCUCAACGAAACACACCUCGGAGUUUUUUUUUUUUUUUUUUUCCAAGAAGGGAUUUUGUGCUGAAAACCAAGGAGCAGAUCUGAACUGUACACAUGUUGAAGUUAAAGCAGAAGUUUGACCUACACAGUGAUGUGGUGUCUGAUAUCCUCAGGAAGGAGGCGUCUGUCUGCAGGGUGAAAGAAUACUCUGGCACAGUGGACACUCAAAUCCUGAACAUUGAGAGAGAUGGGGGCAUCCUUUACUCCUGGAAGGGAGCAACAGGGACCACUAGGAUCGGGAAGUACGACUCCAACACCAAACAGAACAAGCUCCUGUACUCAUUUGACAAGCAGGUGUGUGUCAGCAGCUGUUCCCUGAACAAGGAGGAGACGUUGUUGGCUGUCAGCUUGGCACAAAAUACCCGAGGAGAAGAGCGCCUCAGUCCAAUAUCCAAGUGUCUAACUCUCCUGAUUGAGAUCCAUCCCAUCAACAACACUAAAGUCCUCAAGGCAGUUGACUGCAGGGUCAAAGUGCAGUUCCUCCACCAAGAAACUGACAGGAGAUCAGUGCUGGAGAGCCACCUGCUCCUGCUGACAGAGGAUGGAUAUGUGGAUCUGUACCAUGUUCUGCUAACCAAACAGGAGGGUUACCGAGUGGUGAUGGCAAAUCCCGAGCGCUUGCCCAAAACUGUAGAGAGAAUAGUGGAGGAUUUAAGUUGGGUGCAGUGGGACGGACACACACAAAGACUCUACUGUCUCACACACAAGGACAAGUUCCUGCUGCGAUGUGUUCAGUUUUACCCCAGCCAUAGCUGUGAAACUGUGAUGGAGCUCCCAUUGGAGUUGCCUGCUAAUCCUUUCUGCACAGUCAAGUUUGUAAACCUGGGUUUUGACCAUUAUCACACGGAGAAACCAGAACAGGAGCUUGUACGGAUGAAGGUGUUCACAAACAGAAUAGGAAGCAUGUGUGUCUGCUACAGCCAGCCUCUUAAAGACAAACAGGAACUGAUAUACACUGUGGUUUUAGUUCACAAAGACUGCAGCAAGACGUUCAGAGUGUCUCUGGGCAGCGACCAGUCGCAGCAGAAAGCCACACAGCUCCAUCCACUCUUCAUCCCCAUGGGUUACUACAUCCUGGUGUAUCUGCAGGAUUAUUUCCUCCACUGUAUCAACACCAGACAGCAGGAGAUGCUCUGUCACUCCCUCUUCCUCUCUGGUCAUGAUGUGGACUUGGGCCUGCAGUGUCGGUCAGCUAACGUCACAGUGCUGCACGCAGAGGAAGAGUCUUGCGGUAACCUCCUGGACCUGGCCAGUGGGAGGAUCCACAGCGCCGAGCUGAGCCCUGCCUACCUGCUGCAGAUACUGCGAUCAGACACAUCUGCCAGGUGUCCCAGUGGUAAGGCUGACCCUCAGCGCCUGGCCGCCCUCCACUGCCUGCUGGUUUACAUGGGAAAUGACCCAAACCUGGAGCUGAAGAUUAUUGAAUGGCUGUGUGACAACGUGAACGCCCUGGAAUCCUUUGAUCAGAUCCAGGAGUUCAUUCUAGCCUCUUUGUAUAGAAUAAGCUAUGAGAAGUCUCUCAGCCUGGAUAAAGUCCUGCCUUACUCCUCUGUAUUUGACAAGAAGGAGGUACCGGUGUGUCUGCAGGCGAUCCCUGGUGUGUUAUGUACCACUGAGCUGCACACUGAGGCUGUGUUAAAGGGGAAGGGUUUCUGGACAGAGCUGCAGUGGAACACAGAGAGGACAAAAUAUCUGGACGCUGUUCCCAACCCCAGAUACAGAACCUCCCAGAUACAGGCCGACUGGGAAAAAUGGAGGUCCGAGAGGAGACCGUCGAGCCACAUGAAUCACAUGGAGGAGAACACAAAGAAAGUUCUAUCAAUGGUGGACACCUGGUGUCUGGAUAAGAAGCUGGUGCCACUUUUCCAGGAGGAGGACCAUCAACAGAGGGUGCUCAUAGGCCUGAUGGUUGACAAGCUUCGAGAACAUCUCAACAGGCACCUGCCUCGACUGGGGAAGAAGAAAACUGACUCACUGGUUGUCUGCUACGUAGCCAAACUGCUGGAGCUCAUCAGACACAUGCUGGAGUCCGUCUGGCUGAAGUACAAACUCGGCCCUCGUGUUUUGUGCUUGACACAGCGGGGCAGUCCAGCCGAAUGGUCCGUGUUUCACUUCAUGUUUCGGAUCCUGGAAGCCACGAGGGGUCUCUGCCUGCCACUCCCACCCGGCUAUCACACUCUGUUAGCAGUGUUUGCUGUGCGUUGCCUCCCUCAUCAGACCUUCCUACAGUACAUUGAUCAUGGUUUCCUGCAGCUCACCGAAACCUUUCUGUCUCGGCUCAUGACAGAUUUGGACAACAGCGACGCCAACGAGAGACUCAAGUUCAGCAUACUUAAGAGACUCCCUGAGCCUAUGGAGCAGAGGAUCUACCAUAUGUGGGAUCAUCCCAUCAGCUCAGCUUCAAUCUCCAGAGAUUAUGUCAGGACGCUGCUGGAGAAAGGCAACAAAAACAAGGGAUUUGCAUUCACCGGCAGAGACAAGCCCGGCUUCAGACCCGAGUUUCUGCCUCUUACCUACCUGGCAAAAGUACUCUCUGAUAUAGAGGAACAAGCUCUGAACCCGUUCGAGGAGCAGGAGAACGUGGACGCUCGGUUUGUGGAGGAGACGGCUCUGAAACAGACACUAAUACUGCUGGGCUUUGAGGAGAAGUGAAAGAAUGGAGGAGGAGGAGGAGGAGGGGAUGGAUGGAUGGUUGGAUCGAGAGAAAAACAGAUGAGGGGGAAAAUGCGUUUGAGAGCACAGUCAUCAUUGACUGGGCCUUGAGGACAAGUAACGGAUGGAUGGAUGGAUGAUUGAGGGGCCUGGAGUGAAAGAUGAAUGGAGAGAUUGAAAGGCAGAGCGCUCAUAAACAAGCUCCUGCUGAUUGAUGACAAAUUAGGGCAGGGCGGAGGGAUGGAGGGAUGGGUGGAUGGGUGGAGACGCCCAGAAAGGAAAGACGGAGAACCAAAACUUAUAACACAAUAGGGAACACAGUUAGAUCCUCAGCUUUUCCUUAAUCAAUUCCAGGAAACAUGCUUUUCAAUUAUUUAUUGAAAAUCAAUAUCAGCAGGCAGCUAUUUAUAUUAACUCAAUUUCAGUUCUCUCCAGUGCCUCCUCAACUUCCCCACGUUUUCAAAUACAAUUUAUGCACAUGGACAGAAUUUAUAAAUCAAACACACUUGUUUGUCCUUCCUGUAACGCCGCUGCUCCCCAUCAACUUGAUUACAUACUGACAAAAGCUCUGCAGACAGAAUAAGCCUGAUGUGGUCAGUCUGUGGCUGCUGUGCAUUAAAUCUGAUUUCAACACAGAAUCUUUGCAGUAGGAAACAGCUUAGUGAGACUAACUAGCACUUAGAUAUUUAGAUGUUUAGAACUGACUUCUCUAAAUCCACCGAUCAUAACUUUAUACCAAAUCUAAAGGAGGAGGUUCUGUGAAGAGAGGCAGAUGAGUAAGAGGGAUUUUCAAGCUUUGAGGCAGCUAAGAUGUUGAUUAAACACCACUGAGUUCAACUUGAUGAUUUCAGUACCAACUUCACUUUGUGAAAUAUAAAUAUGCUUUUCUACAAAACCCUCAGCCAUUUGAAUUCCUCCGCCAAGGCCAAAUAAUCCUACACACGUCUGUCCGUCUCUUAUAACAGAAAAAUACAGGAAAAAGGAAGUUUGCUGAUAAUGAAUGAUAAUGAAUAUUUGGCCUUUAGACUGGAUCCUCCCCGGGGCCACGCCCCAUCUCUCCACCUUGUUUUGUGUGAGACAUGACCUUCUUGGUGCAGGUAACAAAAGAGGUUUAAACUUUGCUUGAUUCAAUGAACUCAGUGGUUCAGUCGAUCUGUGCACGUUGCACCAUCAGUCAGAAAAUGCUUUAGUACAUGUACAUGGUUACUAAGGCAAUAAGAGCUGAAGUAAAAAAAACACUCAAAUAUCUGGUUUCAAUUAUGUGACUGUGUGCCCUCAAUCAUGACUGAGCUCUUACUGUAAAUGAGGAAAUUCUUUGGUAGUGGGUCGUGUGUGUGCGGUGUGUGUUCAUUAUCCUUUUUACAGCUUCUGAGUUUUGGCACGCUGCACGUCCUCUAAGACUAAAUACCAGAGAAUAUUGACAUCUCAUGUUGAUUUGAGAAAUUACAUAACACUCUGAAAAAAGGGAUUUCAUUGCCACUCAUGUUUCUCAUGUUUAUAAAGUUUUGUACGAUGAAAUGUGAAUAAAGAGAUUUCUUUUUUCAAGUC